AACGACUUCCACAUCUGUUGCAGCAUUGGCAUUCAUACAAGCAGCAUGACAAGCUCAACUACCGCAUUGCGCCAUCUGUGCUUUCUGAUCCAAGGAACUGGCCUGGCCGAUCCUCGGGCAUGGCUAGAGCUUUGCGAUGCCUGACUGCAUCAGUUCAGCGACCUAUUAUCGGCCGCCAGUGACAUCCCCGCACCCCACAUCGUAACAAGCUGCUGCCCACUCCUGCCACCCAACACCUGAGUUGGUGUACGGGAAGGGUCUUGAACUGUGAGGGUAGACUGUGAGGACUGCAUAGUCUACGCAAGAUACGGCACGUCAACAUGACCGAGAAUUUUCCAAGGCCCACCCGGUCGUUGAAGGGCCGGACAGCAAUCGUCACAGGUGCUGGUGCUUUAGGAGAUGGCAUAGGCAAUGGCAGAGCUGGUGCCAUUCUAUUGGCUGAAGCUGGCUGCAGCGUGGUCUGCGUCGACAUCAAACAUGAGCUUGCUCAACGAACAGUGGAAAUGAUUGAGGAAGAUGGCUUCGGUCAGGCUGUUGCUGUUGCAGCCGACGUUACAAAAGAAGCUGAAUGCAAGGGCAUUGUAAGUACUGCUAUUGAAAAGUUUGGGCGCCUGGACAUUCUUGUCAACGUGGUAGGCGUUGGGGGCGCCACUGGAACUGCAGUGGAGGUAGACAUGGUGGAAUUUGCAAAGGGCAUGGAGAUCAAUGUUGGCAGCAUGGUCAUGAUGGCCAAAUUCGCGAUCCCCGAAAUGAAGAAGAACGAUGGGCAAUGGCGGGGCAGUAUUGUCAAUAUUGCCUCUGUCGCUGGCAUUCGUGGUGGCAAUCCUCACUUGCUUUACCCUACCUCGAAAGGUGCUAUUGUGAAUAUGACUAGAGCCAUGGCUAGCCAUCACGCACCAGACGGCGUUCGUGUCAAUUGUGUCUGUCCCGGUAUGGUAUAUACGCCGAUGAUGUACGGACCUGGUAUGUCAGAAGAAGCUCGAGAAUCGAGAAAGAACAGGAGUCUCCUGAAGACAGAGGGUACGGGUUGGGAUGUCGGAGCCGCAAUUCGGUUUCUUGCGGGAGAUGAAGCUCGAUGGAUGACUGGAGUUAUCUUGCCUGUCGAUGCGGGCUCCACCGUCGCCACAGCAAGCGAUGUACCGAGUGUCAAUCCCAAGUCGAAGUAGUAAUCACAGAGAAGCAUGAAGGUCCGUGCAGGGUUGGUGGCGGAAUCCUCCGAUCUGCUGCAGCCAAUUUGCAAAAAUACAUCGAUUACGAAAUGAAGACAGAGGUGAUGAUCUCUGUGUAGUCGUGCCCUUUCCCGGAAUGAACCACCACCGCUUCAGCAGGCACUCUUCUUACAAAAGUUGCAGUGUGACUUCGGAUUGCCUACGCGGGCUGUAGGCUAUGCGUGAGAAGUACGCUUGCUCGCGCGCACUCGGGCUCGACCGUUCGGAAAUCUCAGAGGGGUUCAAUGCGUUUGUGCUUCGCGACGGCGUGCAGGAGCGGCGGCUCGGUUUUCACUGUCGAUUGUCGCCGAGAUAAAGAAGAGCAUGCAAUGGUAAAGACAGCGCGCGCGAGACGCGCUCCUCAUUGCGCGAAGCAGUGAAGUGAAGGCGGGAAGGUGCGGUGUCAAUGCGCGCCGCUGCCUGACGCGCCUUCCUCAGGAAGC